CGGAAGUUUUCAAAGCGAUACUAUCGCCGUGGUAGAAGAUCACUGGACAGGGUUUACAUGGUCAUUUAACUUCGCGGUUGUUUGGCUUUUGGUUCAAAGGAGAAGUGGGACAACAUGGUGGUGUUUUCAGGGCAUUAAAUCUCGAGACUUCCUUCGACAAGUGGACUCGUUUAUUCCACAAUGGAGUCCGCUGUGAAAGGUGCCAGCAGUUUCUCUGGUAGCCGCGGCAGGAAGGCCAAGCGCAGACACCUCAGUGCAUCAGAGUGUUACGGUUUGAGCCGAAGCAAAGCUGGCAGCCAGUCCAUCGCUGAGCCUUUCUCUGUCAACUUGCACAUUAGUGACACGUAUCGUGGGCUUCAACCAAGGACCCCCACUAAAAGAAGAAGAAGAGCGACAGAAGAUGGCAGACACCAGAGAGGCAUUACCGAGUACUUCGCUUCCACUGGAGUCCUCAGCAGCAGCCCCCAAAAAGGAAAAAAUGAGCCUACGCUCAAGACAGAAGAUGAACAGAAUGGACAUGUCGUACCAAAAGAGGAGGAUGAGGAACAAGAAGUGACAAAAGACUACAUGGAAGGCAUUACUGAAGACAUGUUUGAGGAUGAUGAGGAAUUUGAGAUGAGUGGAUGUUCAGUAAAGAAAGAGGAGGACGAGGAAGGGAGGAUAGCGGGAUGUAGCAGCUGGGGAACUCCUUCAGUAUCUACCUUUAAUACAGAACAUUCUUAUGUUACUGUGAAGAAGGAGGAAGAAGAGGAUGAAGAUUACCAUGUGGACAGCCUCCCUGACAUUCACUACGGGCUGUUGGGAGUGAACGGGGGUCUGGAUGUGCCCCAGGGUCAGUUUCAGGACCUGCCAGAAGAGAUACUCAGUGUUAUUUUUGCUCACCUCCCAGCAGAUGACCUCUACCGCCAUGUCAGUCUGGUUUGCCAUCGCUGGAGAGAGAUCAUCACAGAUCCUCAGUUUAUGCCAUGGAAGAAGUUGUACUACAGAUAUGAGAAGUGGGAAGAGGAAGCAGUGAAGGAAGUCAAGGCCCUCCUUAAUGAAAACGGCAUCAUUAAAACUGAUGAUCUGUGUGUGCUGAACAUGGUGAGGUACAUGUCCCAGUUCAAACACAGUAGACGGGUGAACAUGAAGGACGUUUCUUUGAGCAUAAAAGGCCAUCGGCUCUAUGCCCAGGCAGAGGCCUGUCUGAAGCAUAGGCUGCCAGACAUGGAAACCAUCGAUGGGGAACCAAACCCAUGGUCUCUCAUGGCCCUGAUGCUGAUCCUGGCAGAUGGGGUGAAGGAUAUCCUGGACCUCGUGGCUCGCUUACGUACUUCUGGAUGUCUCCUGACCCCAGGUGGGGUCUCUGAGUACCUCUGGGCAGUAGCCACCCUUCUACUUGCAAUGAGGGAUACUAACAUAACCAUCAGUAACAGGUGGCAUUACAAUAUUUUCUAUGUGCUGCACCUGAUUGAGAAUGCAUCACCGCCUCUGAGUCCUGGAGAUGGCAGAGAGAAGCAGUUUCAAGUCACUCACGAACAGCAGCAGGUCCUCAAUCAUGAUAUCCAGAGAGACCACACUGUCAAAAUCAUGGCUUUUGCUGGCACUGGAAAGACAACCACACUGGUGAAGUACGCCCAGCAAAGGUCAGACCUGCGCUUUCUCUACGUUUCCUUCAACAAAUCAGUGGCGACGCAGGCCAACAGCAGUUUCCCUUGCAAUGUAGAAUGCAGGACAAUUCACUCGAUGGCCUAUAAAGCUAUUGGACACAGAUACAGGAAGCUGGGCAAGCUGUGCAAUAACGUGCAGCCGUUCACGGUGGCCUGGAAGCUGCCCGAGGGUCGCGGCGGCUUCGUCAAUGCCAAGGUGGUGACGCAAACUAUCAACAAUUUCUGCGCCUCCACAGAUACAUACAUCGACACCCAGCAUGUCCCGAGCGUGUACAGGAAUACCAAUGGCCGCGACGAGCGACCCGAUGAAGCCAAAAAAAGGUUGUUUGCUGGUGAUGCACAAGACAUCUGGGACAAAAUGGUACAGAUGGAGCCCACCAGGGAAAUGGCGUACCACAUGACCCAUGAUGGUUACCUCAAACUGUGGCAGAUGCAGAGGCCUGUGCUGAAAGGCUAUGAUGUCAUCUUCAUUGACGAGGCUCAGGACUGCACUCCAGUCAUCAUGGACAUAAUGCUCUCUCAGCGCUGCGGAAAGAUCCUGGUUGGCGAUCCCCAUCAGCAGAUUUACACUUUCAGAGGAGCUGUCAAUGCUUUGUAUACUGUUCCACACACACACCUUUACUACCUAACACAGAGUUUCAGGUUUGGCUCUGAGAUUGCUUACAUCGGAGCCACAAUACUGGAUGUUUGCAAAAAAGUGAAGAAGAAUUUGGUUGGUGGACACCAGGAUGGCAGUGUGAGAGGAGAGGACAGGGAGACGCUGGAGUCUAUAAAGCAGGCCACGACGCAGGAUAGAGGGAAGGUGGCCAUUUUGUGUCGCUGUAACGUGACCGUGUUCAGUGAAGCAGUGCGUCUAACUGACGCCAACUCCAGCUGCAAGAUCCACAUCGUUGGGGGUGUUGAAAAUUUUGGCCUGAGAAAAAUCCUGGAUAUCUGGAUUCUAAUGCAACCGGAAGUCAAGCGUAUGAGGGAUAACCUAAGGAUAAGGGACUCUUUCAUCCGUUCAUUCUGUAAGGAGAAGCUUGGGGGUUAUGCAGGCCUGAAGAGGUACGCCACACACACAGAAGACCGUGAGCUGGAAGCCAAGCUCUCUGUGGUGGAGAAAUACAACGCACGCAUACCUGAGCUGGUGGAACGCAUCUACAACUGCGCCCAAAGGAGCCCAGACACUGCAGAUUACAUCCUGGGAACAGUGCAUAAAUCCAAGGGCUUGGAGUUUGACACGGUGGUUGUGACGGAUGACUUUGUGAAAGUGCCCUGUUCCCGACACAACCUACAAAGAAUGAACAUAAGCCCAGGAAUAAGGAACGUUGAUGCUGAUGAGUGGAACCUGCUGUAUGUGGCUGUGACACGAGCCAGGAGAGCACUGUACAUCACCAAGAGUAUCUGCAACAUCCUCACUCUUGCAGGAGAGUACUUCCUGAGGUCUGAGCUGAGCAGUACUCUUUUGAAUAAGGACGUGUCUCUCAAAUGCAAUACCAGAGAAUGCCCCAACCACAUCACCAAGGACUCACCCCUCAGCAUGUGCAAAGUCCCCGUCAGACAUAUGGACAGUGUGGAAGAGGGUGGUGUUCUCUGUGCUACUUGUGUAGAACAGCGUGUAGGUCCUGUAGCUUUUCUGAUCUCCCCACCUGAGAAGGUCAGAGCUAUGCCUUACACAGAGGAACGUCUCGAACUGCCAAUCAAUAUUUCCAUGCUGCUGGCUCUGCUCUAACAGCAAGUGUGCAUUUGUACCAAGACUUUAUAUUGGAUUUUUGUUUGUUUGUUGUUUUAUGUUAAAACAUCCAUCCAUUUUCUAAGCCGCUUCUCCGCCAGGGUCGCGGGGGGAUGCUGGAGCCUAUCCCAGCAGUCUUCGGGCGGAAGGCAGGAUA